AUGGCUGUCCAGGACAAGGAGUUCCUUCAAUGGCCGAGGCCUAUGAAAACGGAAGCAAACCAGCGCGACCCAGACAAAUAUUGUCAGUACCAUCGCACGCAUGGCCACAACACCAAUAACUGCUUCCAGCUGAUCACAGAAAUCGAGAGACUGAUAAAAAGGGGGCACCUCAAAAACUUCAUAAAGAAACCAGAGGGGCAGAGGCCCCAGCCCAAUCCAGCAGCUCAAGUGCCAAGGAAAACGGGAGCUGGACCAGUAAAUGAUGGGUCCAGUGGGACCAUCAACAUGAUCGUUGGGGGAACAGGAGGCCGGAUGAGCCACAGGGGAAAGAAGAGAAGUCGAGAAGGGGAAGGCAACAGCACUGAGGUCAUGCAGGUCGUCGAGCACACUCCCAUGGCCAUCACUUUCUCUCCGGAGGAUGCUCAGGGUAUUCAGAUGCCCCAUGACGAUGCCUUGUCAUUGAGGCCAUCAUUCACAACUAUCGGGUGA